AUGAAUCGUGAAAUUCCUGGCUAUUACUUUGACCCAGAGAAGAAGAAGUACUUCAAAAUCGAGAAAACACAGACAGCGCCAUCGUCAGCCGCAUGGUCCACAGACGCUGUCAAACGACGCAAAGUUGAAGAGAAAAUCCAGAAAUCUGUCCAACGCCGAGCACACUUGGUAAGAAACCACAUCAAGCGCCACUUUAUUACCAAGGAUACAGUUGCAUCUGCUCUUCUUGCGCGGGAGGCUGGCCUACCAUAUGCUGCGGAGCGCGGCCGCGGAAAAUUAGAAGAUGGAGAUCUUGGUGCUGCUUCAUGGGCAGAGGGCUUGGUAGCUAAAGGCAAUGUCCCCUUCGCACCGAGCCUUGCAAGGCAGCGAUAUCCAAAUAUGCCAUGCUUUUAUGUCUCCGGUGAAGAUGAAAAGACAGGCUUGGGUGUUGUUUAUGCUACUUUAGACGAGGAAACUCUAGUAGGGAGUUAUAUUCCUACAGACAAGAAUGAUUCAAUUCACUUUUCUCGGGAAGACACCAUAACUUCUGGUAGGGCUCUGUCAUUCCGAAAUGAGAUGGUACGAUGUCCUCAGAUGUCGUCCGUCAAGUACCAUCGUCCCUCACACAAGAUGCUCUUGACCUCUCGUGAGCCGGACCACAGUUGUGGCCUUUACUUAUUUUCACCACUGCUGUCAGAUCCUGAGGAUGUGACUUGCCCGCAAUGGCUUCUUGGUGAAACGAAUCAUUACCAAAGGCUAUCGGUUCGCCACGGCUUACACGAUGAAUGGAUGGUUCAUAGCAGCACGCCAGCACCCCCUUCCUCAGAUCUUAUUUGCGUUCUUGGCUCCAACAACGGUUUGCUGCAAGUACGCUCAAACGAGGCGCUUUCGGCCAUUGCACCAAGAGUUGCCCCUAAAGACAUGAAACUUCCACAAGAGAUAUUUGCACAAGAUUUCCAAGAAGGGAAUCACAAUGUCUUGCUUGCUGGUGGCCGACAACCCAGGCUUUGGAUAACCGACCUUCGUGCGCCACAGCCACAGUGGUCUUUUGCUAAACAUGCAAGUUCAAUCACGCAUAUAAAGAGCGUCAAUCCAUAUCAGGUUCUCGUGUCAGGGUUACAGAGCUCAAUGGCUCUCUACGAUGUACGGUUUCUUUCGCGAAAUCCGCGCGCAACAAAACCACUCUUGCACUUCUCAGGGCAUCGCAAUGAGGCACAUAUUAACAUUGGUUGGGACGUAUGCCCCGAGUUAAACGUCAUCGCUGCGGCACAAGACAACGCGACUGUAAAAAUCUUCUCACUUAGGUCAGGACGUCAACUACAGUGUCCGACAGUUGAAUCUAUACACACCAAUGCGCCGAUUAAAGCGCUUGUGUUUCAGAAUAUGCCUAGAGAGAGGAUGCCGAGCCUGUUUGUUGGAGAAGGCUCGUUGCUGAGAAAGCUUUCGCUUGGAGCUUUAACUUGGGACGAUGAGGCUUGA